UGUUUGAAGAUCAUUUAUGGUCUUUUAUGAAGAAUUCUCCUGAUGGAUGACAUUAUGACCGGUUUCCUCUUGCUAGUGCCUGUCCUCCUGGGUUCUGGCUCAGCCUUCACCCUGCUGCUGUCCAUGCCCAACACCUCCACUGUCUUCAGUGUGGGCCGCAUCGCAGCAGGAGCCCUCAUCGCCAUCGAAAACAUCAACAGCAGGCCCGAUCUGCUGCCAGGUCAUCAGCUGGAUUACCACUAUGUGGAUGACGAAUGUGAUGAUUUGAAAGGCCCAGGCAAAAUAGUGGAACUUCAACAGAGAAACAAGUACAGUGCCCUCAUUGGCCCCGUCUGUUCACAGGUCUGUGAUGUAACCUCCAAACUAGCUGCCUUCUGGAACAUUCCUGUGGUGAGCCCUGUAUGUGCAGACCAGCAGUUUCUGGACAAAGAGGCUUACCCUACUCUCACCCGGGUGUUCGGCCCCUUCACAAAGAUGGGCUCCUUCUUUGUUGAGAUCUGCAAGGAAUUUGGCUGGAAGCAAAUUGGGAUCAUCCAUGGCAAUGGAACCGUGUGGACCAUCCCAGCAGAGGGGAUCAGGUAUCAGGCAGAAGUCAGUAACAUCACCAUCGCCAAAACCAUGGAGCUGAGAGGAAACUCCUCCAUCACUCCCGCUCAAGCUCUUGCAGAGAUGGCUGAAGUAACACGAAUCAUUGUCAUCUCAGCUCGAGGAGAUGAAGUGCGGAGGUUUCUCAUAGAGGCUCAUAAACAAGGCCUCACUAAUGGAGACUUUGUCUUCUUCACUUUUGAACCAUACAAACAUGUGGAGGUGUUUGGCAACUUUAACUGGGAGCAAGGGGAUGAACACGACUCUGUGGCCAAACAAGCAUACCAAGCGCUUUUUCUUCUUUCGCUGUACAAACCAAGCGAUGAGGAAUACACAAACUUCAGCAUAAUGGUCAAACAAAGGGCCAAACAGGAUUUUGACUAUGAAUAUGGGGAUACAGAAGAGGUGUCUGUUUUUGCUGCAAUAGCACAUGAUGCGGUGUGGCUGUAUGCCCACGCCCUAAAUGAAAGCUUGGCAGAAAAUGGAGACCAAUUUAAUGGAUUAUACAUCACCCGCAAAAUGUGGAACAGAACCAUAACAGGGGUCCAAGGAGAUGUGACAAUGGAUUCAAAUGGUGACCGCGAAUCUGCCUACAUGAUGAAGCACAUGGGCAAUGAUGGAAUUUUCAAAGUGGUUGCAAACUAUGGGACGAACAAAGUGUAUGAAGCUGUAAGAGGGGCCUCCAUCCUGUGGCCAGGGGGGAACUCCAACCCCCCUAAAGACACGCCACAGUGUGGAUUCAAAGGGGAGCACUGCAACAAUAUUGACAGAAAACUUGCCAUUGCUGUAGGCCUAAUAUCUGGCUUACUGACGGCAGGGACUCUGGCUGUCUGCAUCCUGUACCGGAAGUACAGGUUGCAGGAGGAGGCCUCCAUGCUGCUGUGGAGGAUCAGCCCCAGUGAUAUGGGCCUCAUGGAGCUACACCCAUCUAGAGUACCUAAGGUUUCACACAUGAGGACCAGAGCCAUGCAGGCAUCUGUAGAGUCGAUAAUUGGUGGCAUGGACGGCCAGUGUUCUUCUUACCAGCCUGUUGUAUACAAAGAGACUGUGUGUGCCAUGCGCCUGCUGCACGUGCGGAGUGUGAGCCUGAGCGGUGAGCUGCAGACAGAACUCAGACAGUGCAGGGAUUUAACACACCGAAACGUCUGCAGCUUCAUUGGGGCUUGUUUGGAUCCUCCCCAGCCCUUUCUCCUCACUGAGUACUGUCCCAAAGGCAGCCUGCAGGACAUUUUAAAGACGGAGUCAAUCAAGCUGGACUGGAGUUUUAAGUGUUCCCUUCUGCUGGAUAUUGUGAAGGGAAUGAACUACCUGCACUGCAGCCCACUGCAUUCCCAUGGUCACCUGACUUCCAGGAACUGCGUGGUGGACAGCCGAUUUGUGCUAAAAGUCACUGACUUUGGACUCGCCACACUGAGGAGAGCAGACUCUGCGGAGUCCCCUGACUGUGCACGAUACCAUCAGUCCUUGCUGUACAGGGCUCCAGAGCUGCUGAGGCAGAAUAGCAUGUCUCCUAAUGGCAGCCAGAGAGGGGACGUGUACAGCUUCAGCAUCAUUGUCCAGGAGGUGGUGUACCGCCGUGGCCCCUUCUACAUACCAAGUACCAACCUCAAGCCCAUAGACAUAGUCGAGAGGGUGAAGUCGGGAGGUAUUGACCCACUAAGGCCUCACACUGAUGGUGUCGAGUGCCCUGAGGAGAUGGAGGCUCUGAUCAAGAGUUGCUGGAGCGAGAGACCUGCGGACCGACCCGACUUCUCCUCCCUCAGAGGGGCCGUCAAGAAGCUCAGCCCAACUGGGGGCAGUGAACACUUCAUGGAUGACUUGCUGUCCCGUCUCGAGCAGUACGCAUGCAACUUGGAGGAAGUGGUGAGUGAGCGCACUGCUCAGCUCCUGGAGGAGAAGAGGCGGGCCGAGGGCCUCCUCACGCAGAUGUUGCCACGGUCUGUUGCCGCACAACUGAUCAAAGGAAACGCAGUGCAGGCGGAGACAUAUGACUGUGUCACCAUAUAUUUCAGUGACAUUGAGGGUUUCACCGCCAUGUCUGCCACUCUCACGCCAAUGCAGGUGGUUAAUGUACUGAAUGAUUUGUAUACAUAUUUUGACACCAUAAUUGACAACCAUGAUGUUUACAAGGUUGAGACUAUUGGUGAUGCCUACAUGGUAGUUUCUGGUCUUCCUAUUAGGAAUGGAGAUGGCCAUGCUAAAGAAAUAGCCAGAAUGUCAUUAGCCAUUGUGAAAGGCAUGACUCAGUACCAUAGCACUCACGUGCCUGGUCAGCAGCUGAGGGUUCGCAUUGGACUCCAUUCAGGUCCAUGUGUAGCAGGGGUAGUAGGUCAGAAGAUGCCACGCUAUUGCUUAUUUGGAGACACAGUUAACACUGCUUCAAGGAUGGAGUCCCAUGGUCUCCCUUUGAGGAUCCACAUCAGCACUUCAACUAAAGCUCUCCUGGACACAUUUGGGACUUUCCGCUAUGAGUUGAGAGGAGACAUACCUAUGAAGGGAAAGGGGCUCGUGAGGACAUUCUGGCUUUUGGGAGAGGACCAGUAAAAAUGUUUUCCCAGUGUAAUUUCACUUCCUAUUAAGCAAAUGCUCGUUUUCCCUCGAUGGCGUCUAAUAUCUUACAACGCAACUUUAUUAGUUAUCUCUCCAUUACAUUUAGUGCACUGUGACCCCGGUGACCUUGUGGUAGUCUGCAGUAAUUUGAACCUGUUCUGAAACUUAGACCAUUCCUGCCUCUCUUUCAAUUUAAGAUUUCGUUGUCAGAUUGUCAGUAGUGUAAGUAAUGAACACAAUAGUAACUACCCUUCUGUAAACCAAAUGUACAUUAUAAAUCUAUAAUGAUGUUAAACCUCUAGCUGGUAUUCAUAUAUUCUUCCUGUUCCAUCAUCAGAAGCCACUCGUUCAUCAAAGACCAAUGUCCUCUGAUUGUUUAUAUGAUUGUCCCUUGAACAAAAAAAAGUAAUUUUGCAAGGCUAUAGUUGCAUGCCUGACUUCCUUCUUAAAAGCUACUACUCAUUUGUUUUUGUGCUGGAGUGAGGGGAAUUCCUAAAGCCUUUGAUGGCUGCAUCCUCUUAAUUAAUUAACCACUUAGAGAGGCCAGAUAAGCUUUUCAGAUUACUAUUGUUGUUUAGUGUACUCAAGUUUUCAUGUGUUCACUUAGCCUACUCCAAU